CUAGAGUCGAUGUCUAGCUCCAACGAACCACCGCGAAAAACCGACCAACCAUCGUCGUCAUCGGCAUCGGCAUCGGCAUCGCCGUCAUUGUUUUUGUCACUGCCACUGGAAAUCAUUUCGAUGAUCUUAGCCCGCGUCCCAAAACGAUAUUACCCAAUCCUCUGCUCCGUCUCCAAGAACAUGCGGAGUCUUGUUCGCUCGCCUGAAAUUCACAAGGCUCGAUCUUUACUCGGAAAAGAUUAUCUCUAUAUCGGCUUCAUCGACGAAAAUUAUCGCCCCGUAUACGACUACUGGUACACUCUCCGGAGAAUCGAGAACAGUACGACCGAGAAUCUCUUCGAAUCCAUUGAGUUCCCUUAUCCUUCCGAGCCUAAUCGAUUUUCCAUGAACGCCGUUGGUCCAAAGAUCUUCUUCAUUUCAGAAUCUUGUACUCCUUCAUCAAGACUUUCGAUCUUUGACACCCGAUUUGGGGAGUUGCGUCAAGGACCUUGUUUGCUAGUGAAGCGAGGGUACAAUUGCGUAGGACUAGUCGGCGGUAAGGUCUAUGUGAUCGGAGGCUAUCAGGACGACGAGAUUGCAGCGGAAAGCUUUGAUCUAAAUACGCAAACUUGGGAAGCAGCGCCGAUUCCCGAUGAAAAAGAAAGUCACAGGUGGAUUUGUAAAGCAAAUGUUUCAUUUGACAGGAAGGUUUGUGCUUUAAGAUCUCGUGAAGGCAUGACUUGUUAUGACACUAGAGAUGGUUCUUGUCAGAGAUCUGAGAUGCCUAAUGAUCAAUGGUCUAGAGUAGGAUUGUGCGUGAUUGACAAUGUGCUCUUUGUUUACUUCUCUAGAUUCGGGUUAAUGUGGUAUGACUCUAAACUGAUGCUGUGGAGAGUGGUUUAUGGUUUUGAUCUUGACAACGCUCGAUCAGUUGGAAUCGGGGAAUACUACGGAAAGUUGGCGUUUAUAUGGGAAAAACCAAGUCUUAAUGUUAGUGAAAGCAAAGAGAUUUGGUGUAGAAUGAUUGGUUUGCUUAGGAGUGAAGUAGGAAUUCAUGGAGCUGCAGAACCGUCUCAACUUGUCGAGAUUGUCCCUAACGGUUAUAGAAUGUGUCAUUGUCUGUCUCUUUCAGGUUAAAACAUGUCUAGUACUACUUUCUUUGGUGUAAAAUGAUUGUUUUGGAUAGGAGUGAAGUAGGAAUUCAUGUGACUAAAGAUGAUGAUGUUUAAUACUUUCGUUAGUCUAUAUCAAUACAAUGUGUUACAAGAUUAUGAAUGUGUUGCGGCGUUUACGUCUUCAACUCUCGAUUUAUUCAAUUAAUGUUGCAGUUUCAGCAUCUUCCUCUGUUC